CUCAAAUUAUUCGUUUAUUCCAAAAGCUUUUGUUUUCGUUUGCUUAUUUUUUAAAUUUUAUCUCACAUUCACAUCCAGCUCUCUCUUCUCUUUCUCCGUCCAUUAUCGCUACAAUACAUAACGUAUAUUUUGAUAUAUACAUUACAUAUACACAGACACAAGAAGAAAAAAACCAAAAAUCAGAAAGAGAGAGAGAGAGAGAGAGAGAGAGAGAGGAAUUGGAAAUGGGGUCUGUGGAGAAACAAAUGGAGGUGUUUGACUCGGAAGCAGCGUCGUCGAUGGUGAAGGAGUUGAGAGAUGAGUUUCUGAGUGGAAAGAGUCGGAGCUAUGAGUGGAGAGUGACGCAGUUGAAAAACAUUCUCAAGAUGUCUGAGGAUCGUGAACAAGAUAUCGUCAAAGCUCUUCACUCUGACCUCGCCAAGCCCGAGCUCGAGUCCUCAAUCUACGAGAUAUCUAUGUUAAAGAAUGCAUGCACAUUGGCAAUUAAGAAAUUAAAACAUUGGAUGAAGCCAGAAAAGGUUAAAACUUCAUUAACCUCAUUUCCUUCAUCAGCUGAAAUAGUGUCAGAACCUCUGGGUGUUGUUUUGGUCAUUUCACCAUGGAAUUAUCCUUUCUUGUUGUCAAUCGAUCCAGUUGUUGGAGCUAUUGCAGCUGGUAAUGCAGUUGUUGUAAAACCAUCAGAAGUUGCUCCAGCCACAUCGUCAUUGAUUGCAAAAUUAGUCGGAGAAUAUUUGGAUAACUCUUUGGUAAGGGUUGUUGAGGGGGCUGUUGCUGAAACAACUGCACUACUGGAGCAAAAGUGGGACAAAAUAUGUUAUACAGGUAAUGGUAGAGUUGGACGGAUUGUGAUGGCAGCUGCUGCAAAGCACCUUACACCAGUUCUUUUAGAACUUGGAGGAAAAUGCCCAGCUGUUGUUGACUCGAGCAUCAAUUUAAAAGUUGCAGCUAGAAGGAUAGUUGCGGGUAAGUGGGGAUGUAAUAAUGGACAAACCUGCGUUGCUGUCGAUUACAUUUUAACAACAAAAGAUGUUGCUCUGAAGUUGGUAGAUGCAUUGAAACAUGAACUGGAGGGUUUUUAUGGGAAGAAUCAAUUGGAGUCAAGAGACCUGUCCCGCAUUGUGAACUCAAACCACUUUGCUCGCUUGACCAAGCUCUUGGAUGAGGAUAAGGUUUCUGGCAAGAUUGUCCAUGGAGGUGAAAGGGAUAAAGCAAAAUUGAAGAUUGCUCCCACCAUCUUGCUGGAUGUCCCACAGGACUCUUUGAUAAUGAAUGAAGAGAUUUUUGGACCCUUGCUACCCAUUUUCACGGUUGAAAAAGUUGAAAACAGCUUUGAUGUUAUAAAUUCUGGAACAAAGCCCCUUGCUGCAUAUUUAUUUACCGACAACAAGAAGCUCAAGGAGCAGUUUGUAAUGGCUGUCUCUGCAGGGGGAUUGCUCAUCAAUGACACUGUCAUACAUCUUGCGGUUGACGCUCUUCCAUUUGGAGGAGUUCAGGAGAGUGGAAUGGGUGCCUACCAUGGGAAAUUCUCUUUUGAUGCUUUUAGCCAUAAGAAGGGAGUUUUGUAUCGAAGUUUUGCAGGUGAUGCACCUGUGAGGUAUCCACCAUACACAAAUGGGAAGCUAAAAUUUAUGAAGGCUCUAAUGAGUGGUAGUAUACUUGGUGUGAUCUGUGCUCUGAUCGGAUUUUCAAAGAAUUAAAAGAUAAUUGAUGUGGCUUUGCUUAAUGUACGUUUCAUUCUGUCUUUCUUUGUAUUUUGAAGGUACUCAAUUCAGUACAGAUAAAAUUUUUUUCCCUUAUUUUAAUUUGUACAAGAUUGAUUGAUUAUGACAUGAAAAUAUUCAGCACUGUUUGAUUUC